AUGAGGUCUCAUAGCGGCAGCGAUGCCAAGAAGGACUUUUCCGCAGACACCGAUGGCGUCUUGCCCGACACUAUGAACGACCGAGAGGCGCAAAUACACGAGCACGGCAUUCAGAAGUUUAGCCGCUUAGGGUGGAAGCGUCUGACAGUUGUCCUUAUUACUGAAGCCAUCGCGCUAGGCACGCUGUCUAUUCCUUCAACAUUCGCCACUUUGGGAAUGGUAGCUGGUGUCAUCUGCUGUAUCGGCAUCGGUCUCAUCGCGAUCUACACGAGCUAUGUCGUUGGCCAGGUUAAGGUCAAAUACCCUCACAUCACCAACUAUGCCGACGCGGGACAGGUGCUCUUCGCUAAACUUGGCUGUGGUCGAUUUGGAUACGAGCUCAUUACUAUCAUGCUAAGCUUGCAGUUGCUUUUCCUAAUCGGAUCGCAUUGUCUUACCGGCUCGAUUGCACUCAUUACUAUUAUUGACACCAAUAUUUGCUCCAUCGUUUUCGCUGUUGUGUCAGCCGUCAUUCUUCUCCUCUUGGCUAUUCCGCCUAGCUUUACAGAGAUGGCUAUUCUGGGCUAUGUUGAUUUCGCCUCGAUCAUCAUCGCAGUCGGUGUCACCAUUAUCGGCACCGGAGUUCAAGCUACCAACAGCACAGGAUUGGCCAACGUGAAUUGGUCAGCGUGGCCGAAAGAAGGCAUCACUUUUGCAGAGACCUUUAUCUCGGUCACAAAUAUCAUUUUCGCCUACACCAUCACCAUCUGCCAGAUCUCUUUUAUGGAUGAGAUGCACACACCAACAGACUUCACAAAAUCUGUUUGCACACUGGGCGCUAUUGAGAUGGUUGUUUACACCAUGACAGGUGCUCUGAUCUACGCCUUCGUUGGCCAGGACGUCCAGAGUCCUGCUCUUCUCUCCGCUGGACCUACCCUCAGCCGGGUUGUCUUCGGCAUCGCCCUCCCCGUCAUCUUUAUCAGUGGCUCCAUCAAUGCUGUGGUCUUUGGCCGCAUGAUUCAUGGGCGCAUUUUCAAAAACUCCUAUAUUCGCUUCAUCAACACAUCCAUGGGCUGGAUUACCUGGCUUGCUAUGCUUGUGGCUGCGAUUAUCAUCUCUUUUAUCAUCGCCGAGGUCAUUCCAUUCUUCGAUGACUUGCUAUCCUUGAUGUGUUCGCUUUUCCUGUCAGGCUUUACAUUUUACUUCCCGGCCAUGAUGUGGUUCCUCCUUAUUCGAAAGGGAAGCAUGUUCACGCCGAAGAAUCUUGCACUAGGUGCCCUGAAUGUCUUCGUCUUCUUGAUUGGCCUCGUGACUCUGGGCGCGGGUAUCUACUCCUGCGUCAUCGAUAUUAGAAACAAAUAUCGCGAUGGCACAGUUGGAGGUGUUUUCAGUUGCUCGUCCUGA